AUGCACUUUCUGAGCUUCACACCCAUCGUUUCACUGCUGAUGACUUUCCUGGCUGUGCUGCAUGUUUCAGCUGCCAAAUGGACAUAUGGUGGGCCAGAUGGACAACACUACUGGCCAAAGAAAUAUCCAUACUGUGGUGGAGCUUUCCAGUCUCCAAUAGACCUCAAGUCAGGGCUGCUAAGGUUUGACCCAACUUUACGCCCAAUUGAGAUUCAAAACUACAACCUGUCACCCAAUGAGCAGCUAACACUUGGAAAUAAUGGACAUUCUGUGCAAAUAUCACUGCCUUCUAAGAUGCACAUCUCCAGCCUGCCUCAUCGUUACACUGCAGCUCAACUUCAUUUGCACUGGGGCUCCUCCGGUAGACUUGCAGGCUCGGAACACACGGUGAACAGUAAGCAGUAUGCAGCCGAGAUGCAUGUUGUACACUUCAAUUCAGACAAGUAUCCCUCUAUAUCCGUGGCUGUAGACAAAUCUGACGGCCUGGCUGUGCUGGGUGUCCUGAUUGAGAUUGGAGAGUUUAAUCCGGCUUUUGAAAAGUUUCUGAGGUUCAUCAACGGUAUCAAAUACAAGGAUCAGAAAGUGCAGGUGCCCGGAUUCAACAUCAGAGAACUGCUGCCUGCACGUCUGGAUGAGUAUUACCGCUACGACGGCUCACUGACGACUCCUCCCUGCUAUCCCAGUGUCCUGUGGACAGUGUUCAGGAAUCAUGUCACAAUAUCUCGCAAACAGUUUCUGGCCAUGGCAUCAUCCCUCUACUCUACUGAUGCCCAAGACUUAGCUCCCGUGUCUCUGAAUGGCAACUACAGGAGAUUGCAACCAGCUGACAGCCGAGUUGUGCUGGUGUCUUUUAAGGAGGGUAAAGGACUGCAAGGUACUCUUACAGUCACAUCUCCACUUGUGAGGAAGGGAAUUGUUCAGCAGCUGCUGGUUGGUGACCUAGCAGACCUGGCUGAUGAAGGACUCUAUCAGCUCCUACCAAGUGGCUCAGAGAAGCUCCAUGGCAAGAAGAAAGACCUCAAGAACCAGGAGAGUGAGGCUCCGGCCAAGUCCAAACAACAAACACUGAAUUCAUCCCUUUGGAAGAAGAGCCAGACCGACCGCUCCGUGGGAAAGUUAGGGCUGGCUGAAGACGCACUGUGCUUUGUCUCGCUAGAGCAGAGAGUUAGCAAUCAGCAAAUACAGGCUCAUGCUGGAGACCAGCUGGUUCAGGCGGUCAGAGAUGCAGCUUUCCCUGAGCUCAACCUCAGGAGCUACCUGGACUGUAAGUCGGACUUAGCCCUCCCCACUAUCAGACACAUUCUCCACAGACGGCCGACAGACGAAGCCUAUGAGUUAGAACACUCCCUGAAAAUAGCCUUCAAUAAAAGAAAGACUUCCCCAGCAAUCAAGCAAAGUGUGCCAGUGACAAAGUAUGGCGGUUUCUCCACUGCUACUGUUCCCAGGAAACCACACAGCCAGGGUUAUCCACAUCCUUGGCUUUUGCCGAUGGAGUGGGAAGACUAGAGAGAUUCCUGACAUAGUUGCGACUCACAUUAUGUCACUUUCUGUAGCA